GCGCAAUGCCGAAAUGCUUGUAUUGGCUGGGCACCAUGAUUAGAACCAAUUUUCUUUUGGAACACAGCAUGGAUGCUUACCUCUCAAGCUCCAUGCCUAACGCUCCUCGCCUUUUCACGGUCCAGAACAACAACUUCUUGACUGCGAUCAACUUCCUCUCGCAGCGGUACCUCUUUGGCAUGAUGGUUGUUGCCACUUCUGUGGCCGAACGAUCUUGGAGCACCAUAGCAGAGGACCCUAAACAUUCGCUGGACAAAACCACAGAGUACAUAUUGCAAGUGCUACGCGCCAUCCCUUUCCGUCACAUUUCUCAGAAGGAUGUCUUCCACGCGUGCCUUGAUUUGGCCUGGCAGUGGCGACGCGGUCGCUCUGAAGAACAUGCUGACGCUGAGUGCAUGCUGGACAAGAUUUUCUACACACUGCAGGACCGCAAGAUAGGCAAGGUGAACGUCAACGAUGGGUGCUCUACAAGCUUCACCAAAGAGGCGCUGAACGACAUCCCGGCUGGGGCAAUUGACUGGCUUCGAGAACAUCGUGUGUCUUUGCUGAUGUUCAGCACAUGGGGUCUUGUGCCGUCCAUCCCCGUGUCCACUGACUCUGUCUCCCAAGCCACAGUACCUCCGGAGGAUAUGCCGUUGGCUCCUGCAGAAAUUACUCCAGCUAGUGCUGGUGGUGCUUCGUCGGAAACCACGCCUCGUGCUGCCGGGAAUGCGUUUGUUGAGCGCAGCGAUUGGCGUCCUCUGAGUGUCGAACAACUUCCGUUGCCUUUGCUGCAGCACAAAGCUUUGCUGCAAUGCCUGCGGGCUCGCCCUGAAUGGGCGCAGCACCGUGUGGAGAUCAAGUAUCGCAAGCGGUCCCGUGGGCAAGACUUCUACGAAGUCGAAUGCUUGGAUGGGCUUGACUGCUGCAAGCGUUGGCGUGCAUUUUACAUUUUCAGUGCCCAUGACAUGCAUCCACCAGGCACUUUGAUUUUGCAGACGUGUGGUGAGCAUUCCCAUGAAACACGUCGAGCCACCAGCAAGCUAUUCACAUCGCAGCAGCUUUCCAUUGCAGAAGGCUUUCUUGCAAGCGGUGGCCGGGACCUUCGAGGUUUACAACUUGCUUUCUCUACGGCGAACAUUGCUUCAAACACUUUGCCCAACUCCACGCAACUUUCCAACUGGCUGAAGCGACAGAAGAAAAGCCAGAAGAAUACUCUGUCGAGACAUGCGACCCUGGUGGAAGUCACGCGCCUGGAGCUCACGGCUUUGCCGCGGUCCAUGCCGGACACACU